AUGGUUUUCUCUGGCGAAAUCAUCCGAUCCGGUGACUUGGAUUUCGAAAAAUUCGACUACGUGGUUGUACACCGAAGCAACAACUCUGUCGGCGAAAAAUCGAUCGAACAAAAACUCGAAGAAUUCGAGGUCAAAGAAUUUGUUGGUGAGAAGGGUCACAACGUCAAGAAGUAUUGGGAACUAAUUGGCAUUUUCUCGCCACCACCGGAAUUUCGUAUCGAGUUCCUUCAUAAAACCUCGGAAGGUCUGUUCGGCAAGUACUAUGAGAGUAAAGAGUUCACCAAUUACAUUUACAGAAUCACCAAAGGGCUGUCCAAACAUUUUGUCGAUACUCAUAACAACAAUGACAAUUUCGAUCACAAUCUCCUGGAACUUUACACCAUUGGAAUUCUGAGGCGGUUUGAGAAAAGAUCGGUCGGCGAGAUAUUGUUCGUACCACGCACAAGAAAAAUGUAUCCCAGAGAGUUGAGGAUAGAUAUAAAAGAAAUUUAA